UCUUUAUCCCAUAGGUACUGGGGAGUCAUGGGAAGUUUCUGAGCACUGGCACGCACAGAGUCCAUGUGAGGAAAUUUGUGGUACGACUUGGAUGGGGGGUGAAGUCUGCCCCCCACAGCAUGGCCUCAGCCCAUUUGCAGUAUCAUUGCUCUCAAAACAGUAGGCAGAAUCAUCCUGUCCAGUUCCUAGGAUGCUUGGAUUUCCUCUGCUGCAUCUGUGCUUUGCUCACUACCUCUUAAAGCACGGCUCUGUCAGCCCUGACGAGGCUGCCCGCGCGGCUCCCUUCCACCUCGACCUCUGGUUCUACUUCACGCUGCAGAACUGGGUUCUGGACUUUGGGCGCCCCAUUGCCAUGCUGGUAUUCCCUCUGGAAUGGUUUCCACUCAGCAAGCCCAGUGUGGGGGACUACUUCCACAUGGCCUACAACGUCAUCACGCCCUUUCUCCUGCUCAAGCUCAUCGAGCGGUCCCCCCGCACCCUGCCUCGCUCCAUCAUCUACGUCAGCAUCAUCGUCUUCAUCAUGGGUGCCAGCAUCCACCUGGUGGGCGACUCUGUCAAUCACCGCCUGCUCUUCAGUGGCUACCAGCACCACCUGUCUGUCCGUGAGAACCCGAUCAUCAAGAAUCUCAAACCGGAGACGCUGAUCGACUCCUUUGAGCUGCUCUACUAUUAUGAUGAGUACCUGGGCCACUGCAUGUGGUACAUCCCCUUCUUCCUCAUCCUCUUCAUGUACUUCAGCGGCUGCUUUACUGCUUCUAAAGCCGCGAGCUUGAUGCCAGGGCCUGCCCUGCUCCUGGUGGCACCCAGUGGCCUGUACUACUGGUACCUGGUCACCGAGGGCCAGAUCUUCAUCCUCUUCAUCUUCACCUUCUUCGCCAUGCUGGCCCUCGUCCUGCACCAGCAGCGCAAACGCCUCUUCCUGGACAGCAACGGCCUCUUCCUCCUCUCCUCCUUCGCACUCACCCUCUUGCUUGUGGCGCUGUGGGUCGCCUGGCUGUGGAAUGACCCUGUGCUCAGGAAGAAAUACCCGGGUGUCAUCUACGUCCCUGAGCCUUGGGCUUUCUACACCCUUCACGUCAGCAGUCGGCACUGAGUCUCUGCUGGGUGGGAGGUGGGCCCUGGAGGGCAUCCGAAUACACGAGUGGGAGGGGUGUGGAUGUGGAUGUGCAACCAGAGACCAAGAGCAUGGGCAGGUGUGCCUCAUGUGCGUGGAUUCGUGUGUGUGUGUGUGUGUCUUGUAUGUGUGUGCAGAGUGCAUCAUUUUCAGACUCGACUAUUGCAGUCAAGUUUCGAAAAUCCGGGCCCUUGCCUCCUCUGCACCUGACCACACUCUCACGACUCAGGGCUGCUCUGCUCUUCCUGGUCAUCUUCUGGUAGCUAUGCAGGGGAGGUCUGGGUGGGGCAGAGGCCAGGAGGGGACCUAGUGUGUCAUCCACCUACCACCUGGCUCAUCCCUCAGGCCCACCCCGGCCCUACGUGACAGGUGACGUCAGCCUCCUGUGGCUGCUGAGCAAAGCGUUUGCCCUCUCUGGGCCUCAUUUGCACUAGAAGAGCCUGUGGUCCCAAAGCAGGUCAGUAGGUUGGGGUUGCUGACACCCCUUGGGGGCAACUCUGGGACAGGUGAGUGGCUCUGUCCUGUCACUGCCCUCUCCCUGCAUGGCGGCUGUGUGCGCGCCUGUGAGGUAUGGAGCCAGCCCAGCCCCCAGAAGCCGCAGGCGCCGCCCACUCCCCUGGCGCUCCAGCUCUCCAGCUGACCCUCCCCUACCCGAAGCUCUGUCCGCCUGCUCCCACUCCAGGAGAACUGUGGCACGAGCUUCGGGCAGCCUGGCUGCAGGCUUUGAGCUGCCAUGGAGGGCAGGGCUGUCCUCACGAGCACUGUUCCCGGGGCCCUGUUGAAGGGGUCGGACCACCUUGAGACAACCUUGCCUCCUCCAGAAUCUCAUGCCUCCUGCCACGGCCCUGCUCCCAGAGAAGGGAGGCCUCAUUCUCAGCAUGGUGUCCUUCCUGCCCCCCGCCCCGCCUUCUCCCAGGCAUGGGGACAGGUGCCCUCACAGCAGAAUGACCCAUCGCCUCAUCUGGCCAGCGCGGGCCCGUGUGUGCUCGUGUCUCUGGAGGGCCUGCCUUGCCUUUCCCGGGCCCUGUCUCCUCUCCUGUGCUCUCAGGGAGCCCCAUGCACCGAACUCUCCUUCCCUGUUGGGGUCCCCCCAGUCCCUGGGUCAGCUGUGUCUACUGGCCCCCUUGGGUGGUGAGGGGUGUGAAUAAAGGCUGAUGUGUAGCCAA